AUGCAAUGGAAAGAGGCAAUUACUUGUGGACAAUCCGAGUUUUCUCUUGACGAGAAGCCGAUUUUCAUCUCGUCUCCAGGUUUUCCUAAAAUAGCCAUGACCGAUUCCAUUCAAAAUCUACCCCCACCGCCAGCUUAUGAUGAAAUUGACAAAACCACCGAAUAUUUUCCGGCAGGCCCUGGUGGAGCUCGAUUUCAACAAAAUCAAUUUCACCCACCCCCACCUUUUGAUCCACCAUCAAAUGUUUCCACACAAGUGAUCAUCCUUGAACAUCGAGCCAUCACUGAACCGGACUACUUGACACCCCGUCAGAAGCUAAUAUUGAUCAUUUUGAUGUUCAUUCCAAUUACUUGGCCAUUUUUGGGUAUCCUUCUAAUGAUUUUGGCUUGUAAAGGAGAUCAAAAUGGGAAAUUUAUGAGAAGACCUUUCAUUCAUGGACUUUUUCUUAUCAAUCUCACAUUAAACGGUCAGAGAGAAGCCCGCUUUCCCAUGACGGGGAAAGCGACGAACUCGCUCUUCUCAAAAAGAAGCUGGAAGCAUGUCAGAACAGCAUUGACAGCGUGGCCCAAGAGAUGCUCACAAUGU